UUUUUAUUGUCUUAAACUGUUGAGGUGUCUUUGCUCUCAGCCUAUCAUCACCACUUCUCAGUACCAUCACCACCAUACCACCACCAUGUCAACCGGUGUGGCACAUUAGAUAAGCGAAAACACACUUUGGGUGGAUAUUAUUGCUUAAAUGAUUUGCAGUGCGCGUGCACGGACCACCAUCUUACUAGUAUUUAUAUCGUGGAGUUGGCUGGGAGCUUUAACUUGUCAAUCGAAGCCAUUUGAGUUCAACUUCAUGAAGCCCCUCGUUCCAUUCAUUUUCAGUUUGACGUCCUUUUUAAUCUAUGUCUCAUUGCUAACAGAAAUCGGAGGAGCUGCUGAAGAGAAGGAUGGUGUUUAUAUCGUGUAUAUGGGGGCAGCGCCGUCGACCAACGGUUCAUUAAGGGACGAUCAUGCUCAACUUAUGAGCUCGUUGUUAAAACGGAAAAAGGAUGCCCUGAUUCACAGCUACAAAAAUGGUUUCACUGGGUUUGCAGCACAUCUAUCAGCAGAUGAGGCUCAUUCAAUUGCCAAGAGACAAGGAGUUGUGUCAGUAUUCCCAGACCCUGUGUUAGAACUCCACACUACUCGCUCUUGGGAUUUCUUGAACUUUCAAACUUCGGUCGUGAUUGACUCAAAUCCCGGCUUGAACUCGAACUCGACAUCUCAUGAUUCAGAUGCCAUCAUUGGCAUCCUAGAUACAGGAAUUUGGCCCGAGUCGGAGAGUUUUAACGACAAGGCCAUGGGUCCAAUUCCAUCACGAUGGAAUGGCACUUGCGCAGCAGCUCAGGAUUUCAACACCUCCAACUGCAACAAAAAAAUAAUUGGGGCAAGAUCCUAUGACGUUGACGAAAGGUCUGUAAUUAGGUACCAUUCUCCGAGGGAUAUGGUUGGACACGGUACCCAUGUAGCGUCAACGGCAGCUGGAAGUGAAGUUCAGGGUACAUCUUACUACGGGCUGGCAGCAGGGACAGCCAAGGGAGGAUCCCCAGGGUCAAGAAUAGCUGUAUACAGAGUAUGUUCCCCUUUUAAUGGAUGCCGUGGAUCCAGCAUAUUGGCAGCAGCUUUUGAUGAUGCAAUUGCCGAUGGGGUUGAUGUUUUAUCACUGUCCCUUGGGUCAUCAUCGUUUAUAAAACCACAAAUCACAGAUGAUCCCAUUGCCCUAGGAGCAUUCCACGCGGUGCAACAUGGAAUUACUGUGGUUUGCUCUGCAGGCAAUGAUGGACCCGACCCUGGAUCAGUUGUGAAUGCCGCACCUUGGAUCAUAACUGUUGCCGCUAGCACAAUUGACCGGGAUUUUGAGUCUGAUGUUAUACUAGGUGACAACUCAGUAAUUAAGGGUGGAGGCAUUCAUUUUGCCGACAUUCAAAAGUCCCCUGCAUAUCCGAUUAUAUACGCAAAAUCAGCCAAGAAAAAAGAAGCAGACGUAAAUGAUUCAAGGAACUGCCACCCAGAUUCCUUGGAUCAAGAACUCGUCAAAGGAAAGAUUGUUGUAUGUGAGCAUGUAGAUAACUUCUACUCGGUGAGUGAGAAAAAGGAUGAAGUGAAGAAGCUAGGAGGUGUUGGAGCAGUCGUGAUUGAUGAUGAAUCAAGACAGCUCGCUUCCUCAUAUGGUACAUUUCCCACAUCGGUGAUCCGUACAGAGGACAACACCAAGGUUCUUUCCUACAUCAACUCAACAAAAAACCCAGUUGCCACAAUCUUGCGUACUACAUCACCCACAAAGUACACACCAGCACCUACCAUAGCAUAUUUCUCAUCUAGAGGUCCUUCAACCAUCCCAAAGAACAUUCUCAAGCCUGAUAUUGCAGCACCAGGAGUUAAUAUUCUUGCAGCAUGGAUAGCAAAUGACACGGCUGAGGCGCCAGAAGGAAAGGAGCCGCCAUUGUAUAAUCUGAUCUCAGGAACCUCUAUGGCAUGAACCUCUAUGGCAUGUCCCCAUGUUUCCGGGAUUGCUGCCACGGUCAAAUCAAAAAACCCAACAUGGAGCCCCUCUGCAAUCAGAUCGGCCAUUAUGACAACCGCAACUCAGAUAAAUAAUCUGAAAGCCCCAAUUACGACUGAGAAAGGUACACCAGCUACACCUUAUGAUUUCGGGGCAGGAGAAGUAAGCCCAACAGGGCCAUUGGAACCAGGCCUAGUUUACGAGACUACUGCAGUUGACUACUUGAAUUUCCUCUGCUACCACGGUUAUAAUAUAACUACAAUAAAAAAUAUCGCCAAAACUAUUCCAGAUGGCUUUACAUGUCCUGAGGAGUCGAGCAUUGAUCUUAUAUCCAACAUCAAUUAUCCAUCAAUAGCGAUUUCCAAUUUCAAUGGAAAGGCGGGCAGGAAAGUAAACAGAACUCUUACAACUGUUGCUGGUGAUGGUAAAUCAGUGUAUACAGUAAGUAUCGACGCACCUGCAGACCUGGAUGUUCAAGUGAUCCCAAACAAACUUCAAUUCACUAAAAAUGGAGACAAGUCAUCUUACCAAGUGAGCUUCUCAGCUGCAAAUCCACUAAAGAAAGAUGCAUUUGGAUCCAUAACAUGGUCGAAUGGAAAAUACAAAGUCAGAAGUCCAUUUGCUGUAAGCAGUAAAAGCAAUGAGUAGGGGCUAAUAUCCUUAAUAAGCAUUAGAGCAAUGUGUUCAACAUCUAUAAAGAAAGACAGCAGGAUCCCCAAGUAGGCCAUUCCACUAUAAUAAAUAUGACUUUAACUUUCUUUUA